AUGAUCCUGUUAUGGGCUACACUGUUUCUCCUUCAUCAAGGACACACAAUGGUUCCAGUGAUCACAGUUCAACCUGGUGAACCUGCGACAUUCUUGUGUGUUUUGCCUCGUGAAGAUUUGAACAAAAGACAAGUCCUCUGGUACAAGCAGAGUGCUGGGGAUUCUCUGAAAAUCAUUGUGACACAGCGGAAAAGUAUAAACCCGGUAUAUGGACCAGCGUUUUCUGCCUCAAGACUGGAAGUUAAACAAAGUAAAAAUAUCAUGAAGCUGACCAUUUUGAAGACCGCUCAUGAAGAUGAGGGAAUGUAUCACUGUGCAGUCAUAGAUUGGACGGAAAAUACUUGGACUGGGACCUAUUUGUCAGUAAAAGGAAACCCUCAGAGGACAUCAAACUAUACCGUUGUUCAGUGGCCGACAGUAUCUGAUCCAGUCCAUCCAGGAGACUCAGUGACUCUGCAGUGUUCAGUCCUCUUUGAAUCUGUGAACAAGACCUGUCCAGGAGAUCACAGUGUGUACUGGUUCAGAGCCGGGUCAGAUAAAUCUCAUCCUAACAUCAUCUACAAUGAUGGAAAUAAACUUGAUAAAUGUGACAACAGAUCUGACUCUCUAAAGAGCUGUGUUUAUCGCUUCACUAAGAACAUCAACUCCUAUGAUGCUGGGACUUAUUACUGCGCUGUGGCCACAUGUGGGGAGAUCAUUUUUGGAGAUGGAACAAAACUGUGUCUGUCCAACACUGGAGCAAGUUCUGAAUUUAUUGCGCUGGUGAUAUCAGUAGUCUGCUUGGCCAUUUCUGUGAUUGGAAAUAUUGUUUUCAUCUGUUGCCGAACUCCAAGACCAGUGAGUGAACAAUUUAAAGGAAGAGAAAGUGCCUCGCCAGAAGGACGACAUGACAAUUUGAGCCAGCCAGUACAUGAAAAUACUGAAGAUGGACUUGAUCUGAACUAUGCUGCGUUAUAUUUCUCUGGAGGGAAAGUUACAAGAGGAAGGAAGAAGAAAGAGUUGAAGACUGAAGAAAGUGUGUACUCUCAUGUUGAAAAGCAAAUGUGAGCGUGUG